GCAGCAGGGUUACUGCAGUUCACACGAGCACACAAUCAUACACACAAUCAUACACACCUCAAUCACACCAUAUACCCACAAUCAUUCACACCCCCUCGUACACACCCUCGUACACACUGUAAGAAAAUAAAACAGUGAAGCGAAGAUCUUAAUGAAGAAGUUGUUUAUUCCAUUGUAGCAGUGACAAAUACAUCAAGUACUUUGGGUUCAUCGGAGUAAAGAACACAGGACAAAUCCUGCUCAAGCAUUUUAUAUUGUUUUUCUCUAUGUAGUUUAAAUGUGGUUUUUACUUAUUACCUUAUGAUACUUAAGCCUUUUUCUUACAACACCCUCAUACACACCCUCAUACACACCCUCAUACACACCCUCAUACACACCCUCAUACACACCCUCAUACACACCCUCAUACACACCCUCAUACACACCCUCAUACACACCCUCAUGCACACCCUCAUGCACACCCUCAUGCACACCCUCAUGCACACCCUCAUACACACCCUCAUACACACCCUCAUGCACACCCUCAUGCACAGCCUCUUGCACAGCCUCAUGAACAGCCUCUUGCACACCCUCAUGCACACCCUCAUGCACUUCACUCUCAUGCACCCUUAUGCACCUCACACUCGCACACCCUCAUUCACACCCUCAUUCACACCCUCAUUCACACCCUCAUUCACACCCUCAUUCACACCCUCAUUCACACCCUCAUGCACAGCCUUAUGCACACCCUUAUGCACCUCACUCUCAUGUACACUCAUGCACACCCUUAUGCACCUCACACUCUCGUACACCCUCAUGCACACCCUCAUGCACCUCACACACACCCUCAUGCACCUCAUACACACUCUCAUACACACUCUCAUACACACCCUCAUACACAGCUUCUUGCACACCCUCAUGCACCUCAUACACACUCUCAUACACACCCUCAUACACAGUCUCUAGGACACCCUCAUGCACCUCAUACACACUCUCAUACACACCCUCAUACACAACUUCUUGCACAGCCUCAUGCACCUCAUACACACUCUCAUACACACCCUCAUACACAGUCUCUAGGACAUCCUCAUGCACCUCAUACACACUCUCAUACAGUCUCUAGGACACCCUCAUGCACCUCAUACACACUCUCAUACACACCCUCAUACACAGUCUCUAGGACACCCUCAUGCACCUCAUACACACUCUCAUACACACCCUCAUACGCAGUCUCUAGGACAUCCUCAUGCACCUCAUACAGUCUCUAGGACACCCUCAUGCACCUCAUACACACUCUCAUACAGUCUCUAGGACACCCUCAUGCACCUCAUACACACUCUCAUACACACCCUCAUACACAGUCUCUAGGACACCCUCAUGCACCUCAUACACACUCAUACACACCCUCACACACAGCCUCAUGCACCUCACACUCUCAUACACCAUCAUGCACAGCCUCAUGCACCUCAAACUCUCAUACACCCUCACACACAGCCUCAUGCACCUCACACACAGCCUCAUGCACCUCACGCACACCCAAAUGCACACCCGCAUGCACAGCCUCAUGCACAGCCUCAUGCACAGCCUCAUGCACAGCCUCAUGCACAGCCUCAUGCACAGCCUCAUGCACAGUCUCAUGCACAGUCUCAUGCACAGCCUCAUGCACAGUCUCAUGCACAGUCUCAUGCACAGUCUCAUGCACAGUCUCAUGCACAGUCUCAUGCACAGUCUCAUGCACAGUCUCAUGCACAGUCUCAUGCACAGUCUCAUGCACAGUCUCAUGCACAGUCUCAUGCACAGCCUCAUGCACAGCCUCAUGCACAGCCUCAUGCACAGCCUCAUGCACAGCCUCAUGCACAGCCUCAUGCACAGCCUCAUGCACAGCCUCAUGCACAGCCUCAUGCACAGCCUCAUGCACAGCCUCAUGCACAGCCUCAUGCACAGCCUCAUGCACACUGUCAUGCACACCGUCAUGCACCUCAUAUACACCCUCAUGCACACUCUCAUGCACACUCUCAUGCACACCCUCAUGCACAUCACGCACACCCUAACACACACCCUCAUGCACCUCACGCACACCCUCAUGCACAUCCUCAUGCACCUCUUACACACCCUCAUACACACCCUCAUACACAGCUUCUUGCACACCCUCAUACACCUCACCCCUCUUACACACCCUCAUACACACCUCAGGACUGUGUUCAGGAUCUCAUUUCUACAGGUUUUUCUGGGAGUUCUUUGGACCUCUGCAGUGUGUACAAUGUGACACAGAAGUGUUUACUCCACUCACAGUUCUGUAGUGUUAGGAACAGAAUUGAUAUGAAUUAAGAUUUCAUUACUGAAGUGCAGAGAAAUGGGAGUGCACAUUGUGUGUGUGUGUGUGU